AUGUACAUGAACGUCUUUCGCAUCCUGGGCGAUGUUUCCCAUACCGCCUCGAAAUGUAUUCUGAUUUACGCCAUCCACUCUAACAAGAGUGCCGAAGGGGUCUCCCUCCUUACCCAGAUCCUCUACAUAGCCGUGUUCUGUACUCGAUAUCUCGACCUCUUCUGGGUGCGGCCGUCCGUAUCAUGGUGGAAUUUCAUCCUCAAGAACUUCUAUAUCUGGUCGUCGAUCUACAUCAUCGUCUUGAUGACCAGGGUGUAUGCCCGGACACGAGAACGAGAGAAGGCCUGGAAAUGGGGAGCCUAUGCAGCGGGAGCAUCCUUGGUGGCAGCCCCAAUAGUGUCACUGAUCUUCAGUGGAUGGAAACGCACCACGUUCGUCGAGGCUCUGUGGACAUUCUCUAUCAUCCUCGAGUCCGUCUGUGUCCUGCCUCAGCUCCUCCUCCUGCGCCAGACGACUGUUCCCACGGUUAUUGACUCGUUCUAUCUGGUCACGCUUGGUUCUUAUCGUGCAUUCUACCUCCUCAACUGGAUUUAUCGCGCCUUUACCCCGUCGAAGCCUGAUCCCAUCUCCGUCAUCUUCGGUAUUGUUCAGACAGCGUUCUACCUCGAUUUCGCCUGGGUAUAUUGGACGAGACAACGAGUCAAGCUUAGAGGAGGAUCGGUUGUGGACACAGAUGAUUUGCGAAAGGGCUGGUUGGUGGACCGCGUCAUCAACCAUGCAUUGAGCGAACCCGAAGAAGAUCCCGAAGCUGGCCCUGAGGAGACCGAUGGGGCCCCUCGACAACCCAAGGUCAAUCGCUGGGGUCGCCGUGGGAUCUCGAUAUCUGCCGACGACACGCUGCAUGAGCAUGACAAGAGCAAGAAGCCACGAGCAACGGCGGCGACACCAGAGGAGGAUCCUAUCCUUGGCGACGAGGAUGCAUUUGCUUCUGACCUGGAUGAGGAUGUCCCCGAGCUGGAUAGUCCGCGAAAUAAGGUAUUGAACAACCACGAGGAAUGGCGCCACACUUCACCUUCCAACAAGUGA